AUGGUUGCUGCAUCCAACGGUGCAAGGAGAGUCUUAAACGCAGGUUGUGGGAUCAACGAUGAUGAAGUUAUCGUUUCAGAUGAAGACUGCAUCAUUGAUCGCUCCGGGGAAUUCCCAUCUAUUAAUUUCUCAAAUAGGGUGCAUGAUUGUAUUGAUAGGAAUAUGAGAAACGUAAUAAUUGUCAGACUACUAGGUUGCACGAUUGGUUACAAGGCCUUACUAAAUCAUAUCAACGCCCUAUGGAAACCAGUGGGAGAGAUACAACUAAUAAAUUUGGAUAAUUAUUAUUACUUGGUCAAGUUUGCAGAUGCCGGGAACUAUGCCAAGGUCCUAACGGAAUGUCCAUGGACAAUUUAUGGCAGCUACCUCACCGUUCAACCUUGGAGUAGGUCAUUCACAACUUUUGAGAAACAUCCGUCAGAAGUUAUAGUUUGGAUACGACUACCGGGUUUGCUAUAUAGAUACUAUACGAAAGCCUUGUUUCGUCUUCAUGCCACAGUUGUCGGAAGAGCUGGCUGUACUGGUAGAUCUAAAUCAGCCCCUUAUACCGUGUAUCGUAAUUUGAAAUACGAAGGCUUACAACAAAUCUGUUUUCAUUGCGGUGUGUAUGGUCAUUCGAAAGAACAAUGUGCAGCUAACAAUCCCCCGGCGGACAUAGUCACUGACAAGGAGAUUGAGGAUAGCGAAGCCAAUAGUCAUUCUACAGAGAAUAAUUCCAGCAAGUUCGACCCAUGGAUGAUUGUGGAUAAUAGGAAGAAAAGGUAUGGAAACAAUAAUAAAACAAGUGAUGCCAACGAGGACACAACAAAGGUAGUACAAAGAUCAAGGUUUUCUAUCUUAUAA